AAGCCGGAGCACUAAGCGGGAAGGAGCGGAAGUAGCUGGCGCUUGUGGCCCCGGUGUACUGGGUUUAUUGUACAGCGGGGUGAUGAGAUAAUGAUUCACUAACGCGGUGGGGAACGGCAGAACAAUGAAUGACAUUUGGACUCCUAUUGCAAAGCAGUACAACCCAUUAAAAGCUGGAAGCAUUGAUGGCACUGACGAGGAACCCCAUGACCGAGCUGUGUCAAGGGCAAUUGCAGCCAAGUACAGACCCAACAAAGGAGUAUUCGGAGACCCCCAUCUGACACUCUUUGUUGCCAGACUAAAUCCCCAGACAUCUGAGGAGAAGCUCAAAGACACGUUUUCUAGAUUUGGGGAUAUCCGCAGACUGAGACUUGUGCGCGAUAUUGUCACCGGCUUUUCCAAAUGCUAUGGCUUCAUUGAAUACAAGGAUGAGCGUUCAUUGUUAAAGGCACAUCGGGACAGCAAUAAAUUAGUGAUAGACCAGAAUGAAAUAUUUGUAGAUUUUGAAUUAGAACGCACUUUGAAAGGAUGGGUCCCUCGGAGACUUGGAGGGGGAUUAGGUGGUAAAAAAGAAUCUGGCCAACUACGGUUUGGUGGGCGAGAUCGUCCAUUUAGGAAACCUAUCAGUCUGCCAGCAUUGAAGGCAGAACUAUAUACAGAGGGGCAAGCAGACAAACUAGAUAGAUCAAGUUCCAGAGAACUAUCGAGGGAUAGCCGGCAGUGGGAGAGAGGUCGAGACUGGGAAAGGCGAAGGGAAAGAGACCAGAGAGGUGAGGAAGGACAAAAACGUAAUGGAGAUAGAGCACGAUACAGAAGUAGAGAAAGAGAUCAUAAACGACAAAGAGAUGAAGAUCGACAUAAAGAGGAAGAUGGACACCAAUGGAGAAACAGGCAUAAAACUCGACGAUAGAAGCUGUACCAGGAGUUUACCUUCCUAGUGAAAGUAAAACAAUCUUUUUAGGCUCUCUUGCAUCAAACGUUUGAAUUAUUUUUACAGUACAAUGGAAAUAUAAAGUAACUGGAGUGCAGAAAGAACCACAACUUGCUGAUAAGCUAUGUUAUUUGAGACCAAAGAUUAUUUCAGUUCUGUGAAGGUUUGCUUUUCCUAACGAAAAAAAUCAAAUGUGGUGUCAGUUUUUCUCAACAGUCCUCUGCUUUUUGCUUUGCUCCUAGGAUACCAUCCACCCCCUAGGUCUUCUCAACUGUUUGCUCUUGAAGGACUCUAGAAUGUUUUAGAUGGUCUGUCUUCACCUAGCAUCCACAAAUGGUUAACAGUCCAGUGUGGCCAAACAAUAGUGCUCAAAAGCAGGAACUAUAAGCUGUACCCAACCAGCUCAAGAAAACUAAAAUUAAUUGUGACAGUUCAAGUGUUGCAGGUGUACUGAUGAUACUGAAUAACAUAUUCCUGAUCAGUAAUAAGUUGUAUAUUAAGCUGAUGAAUCGUAUAGAAAUUCAUUUAUUUUCAUCAGCACUAGCAAUUCUCACUGAAGCAGCAGAUUAAUAGUUUUGUACUAACAUGCUGAUUUGGUUUCACGGAGAGCAAAUUUUAUAAUUUUGUACAUUGUCAAAUU